AUGGAGUCAGAAAACCAAACAGAGGUAGCAGAAUUCCUCCUGCUGGGCCUCUCAGAGGCCCCAGAGCUACAGCCCCUUCUCUUCGGGCUGUUUAUGACCAUGUACCUGGUCACUGUGCUUGGGAACCUGCUCAUCAUCCUAGGGGUCAGCUCUGACUGCCACCUCCACACCCCCAUGUACUUCUUCCUCUCCAACCUGUCCUUUAUUGACAUCUGCUUCACCUCCAUGAUAGUCCCCAAGAUGCUAGUGAACAUCCAGACAGAAAACAAGGCCAUCACCUACGCAGGCUUCCUCACUCAGGUCUAUUUUUUCCUAUUUUUUAUGUGUAUGGACAAUUUGCUCCUCACUGUGAUGGCUUAUGACCGCUAUGUGGCCAUCUGCCACCCUCUGUACUACACGGUCAUCAUGAACCCAUGCCGUUUUGGUCUGCUGGUUCUUCUUUCCUUGCUCAUUAGCUUUAUAAAUGCCCUGCUCCACAGUCUGAUGGUGUUGCCUCUGUCCUUCUGCACAGACUUGAAAAUCCCCCACUUCUUCUGUGACCUCGCUCAGAUCCUCAUACUUGCCUGUUCUGACACCCUCACCAAUAACAUCCUUUCAUAUUUAGUGACUGGCCUUUUGGGUGUGGGUCCCCUUUUGGGGAUCAUUUUCUCGUACACUCGAAUUGUCUCCUCCAUCCUGGGAAUCCCAUCAGCUGGUGGAAAGUAUAAAGCUUUUGCCACCUGUGGGUCUCACCUGACUGUUGUUUUCUUGUUCUAUGGGACUUGUGUUGUAGUCUACUUUAGUUCUGUAUCCUCUCUCCCAUCCAGGAGCAGGGCAGUGGCCUCAGUGAUGUACACAGUAGUCAUUCCCAUGAUGAACCCCUUCAUCUACAGCCUGAGGAAUAGAGACAUAAAGGGAGCUUUAAGGAAGUUCAUCUCUAGUACAGGUUCCUUUUCAUGA